AUGAGUGUUGAGCUCCUGAAGGAAAGUGUAAGUGUUGAUGUUGAAGUGAUGCCUGGACCUCUGGUUGAUGUUCAUGAGGAGUUCAUUCUGGGAUUUAAAGAAUUUAAGACUGCAGAAACAAUAUCCUUGAUUCAAAGGGUUAUGAAAGAUUUUGAGUCCAAGUCCUCAGAAAAUGAUAAUGUGUCAACAGCAACAGAAUUGACGACAGCUGCAGAGUCAACUGAAAACCCAGAACCGGCGGCGACGGAGGUUUCCCCCAGUCAUGAUGAUUUAACGGUCAAAAAACUGAAUCCACGUAGUGUAAAAACUAAAUCUAAAAGGAUUCGAGUUCUGGUAUUUUGUCAGACAAACAAUCAAACCAAUAGUUUGUCAGAUGUACUUAACAAGGAAAGACUGAAAUCUGGGUCUCUGAAUCCAUAUAAGACUUCUCAACAAAGAGACUUCACUCUUUCUGCAUUUACCAAGGGAGAAAUCAAUGUUAUUGUUGCUACCUCUGCAGUUACUAAAGGAAUCAUGCUGCCUGAGGUGGAUUUGGUGGUAAACUAUGAUAUGCCACAUCAAGUAGAGGAUUUUAUCUACAGAACCACCGCCAUUGGCUCUAAGGUUGAGACAGCAAAGCUGGUUAGUCUGAUUGACCCUCUCACAGAUGGAAGUGUAGUCAAUGCACUAUCUAAACUUCUGAAUCUUUGUAAUAAAACAGUUCCAGACUGGUUUUCAAACCUGGAAAAGCUGAAAGCUGCACAUGAACAGGAAGAACAUAGUGCCGGGAAGCUACCCAAUGAGCCUAGGAAUAGUAAAGAAGCAGAUCCCAAACUGGGAUCUAAGACAAAAGAAUCUGACUCCCUGAAAAAGAACAAGAAAAAGAAAAAGAAGGACAGAAAGGUCCACUUGGAUACUGAAAAUGUAGAAUCAAAUCUUCUGGGAGAAAUGCCUUUAGCAAAAAAUAAUAAGCCAACACAGAAAUCCAAUGCCUCACCUGACUCUAAAACAGAGCUCAGCAAGAAAGAAAAUGGUAAAAGCGUUCUCAAAGGAAAUGGAAGCAAGAACUCUAAAGACAAGUCUGGGUUUAACUUUAGCAAUCAGUCUAAUCAGAUCAGCACUAGCGAAAACUCAACUGCAAGUCAUGCUAUUGAUAAAAGAGAGACCAGUGGAAGAGAUCCAAAGCACCAAUCAAGUGUAUCAAACGAAACUAAAGACAAUGGUCACAGUUACAAUGGAAGCCAGGAUAGAAAACAAAGACCAGGUAAAGCUUCUUUCAACAACCAAGCAAGAGGUUACCAUGACAAAUAUAGUAGACCUCCAACCAGUGAAGGUCAUAAAACCCCUGUAGAGAACUCUAAUAUGGAGGGUAGAAGAAGAGAGAACAGAGUAGUAACCACAGAUGGCCAACCAAUAGGGGCAGAUAAGACUUCUGAUAUUCCAGAUGCUAAGAUUUUGCCCAAUAAUGGACACAAAUAUGGAGAUGUAUCCAGCUCUGAAAAUAAAUUAGAUAAUGGUCCAGAACCAGCAAAGGCAAAGGAUUCUCCAAGGAGUGUACCUGGAGAUUAUUCUGCUGGCAGCUGCAGAGCAGGAAGAGGGUUUGCCAGUAGAGGAUCUGGAAAUUAUUCAAGGAGGUCAGGAGGGACUGAAUACUCCGGAACAGAGAGUGGUGACUACUCAAGAACUGAAGAUUACAGGCCUGAUACAGGUCAUAAUGGAGACAUACCAGAGGACAGAGAGGCCCCUAGAAAAAGUGCAGACAGAGUAUUGGAUAAUCAAUCCCGAUUUUCCUCAAGAAUAAAGGAGUUUCAAGAGAAUCGAGGCCAAGGAACAAGAAGUUUGGAUUACACUGAUGCUGAAGAUAUUCCUAGACAACCUCGAUCUUUAAACCGGAGUGUAAGUGGAUCUGGGUUUGGAGAAGCUGGGGUUAGGAAUCCAGUAGCAGAUAUAGUUGGUAUACUACAGCAACAAGCAGCUGGUGGUGGAUACAAUGGUUCCAGGUCAGGAAGAACAGAGGAUAUGUUGGCAACCUCAGCUUAUAGACCUCAAGAGGACAGGUCAAGCUUCUAUCGAAAACCUCCAAGAGGAGGUCGUUUUGACAGUGGAGGUCAGUUUGACCAAGCCUCCCAGGUUGUCAAUAGCAAUGUUGCAGACCUCCAAAGUCUGUUGGAAUUAAAGGCUAGACUUGCGUCCGAGAAAGCGGAACAAAUUGCUGCCAGACAGAAUACUAGAAGGUCUCGAGUUGAGCCUGAUCUCUCAAACACCAGCAACUGGCCUGCGCUUAAAUAGAUCUGAAAACAAG